AUGCGCUCUUAUCCUGUCUACAUCAGCUGGUCUCCUGAGCAAAGGGGAGAGUACUAUCUUGAAACACUGGGCAAGAUUAAAAUAUAUAGAUGCAUUGCUUUACUGCCAAAGCCAGAGAAUGUGGAGGAAUUUCAAAAUUUUCCUGGAGAAGAAGGUAUUCAAGGAAAAUUGACUGGAAAGAUGUCUACAUCCAGAACAAAAAGAUUGCCCACGGAGCAGGAUGUCAUGAGUUCCAACAGUAGAAUGCGACUUGUUGGAUAUCUUUACCGUGGAGCGAUUCCGGUUGGGAUUUUCAGUGCAUCUGAUAGGUGUGGCCUGUGGGACUGGGGUUGUAGAGGCCAUCAAGGACCAGAAGUCAGUGCUCUGCUUAAUUGUUUAAAUUAUGAUAAUGUGAUCACACCUAAAAAUUACUAG